CAAUCUCUUUCCUUUUGCGGACACAUUUCCUACCCCGUGCGUAACACCGCGCAGAGCCGCCAGACCGCGGCAAGGGACGCCUGCGCGCCCUCCGGCACGUGCGCCGCGGCGUCCUGAGGAAACCGGAACCCCGAGCGGCAUUUCUCGGCAGGAUGGAGGUCGCCAAAUAUAUUUAAACGGCGCCGCCCAGCCUGGAGUGAAUCUCUUCAAGGACGACCGCGCGGAAAUCUCACGUGUCAACGAUGCUUCGAGUGUCUGCUUUGGCGGCCUUGCUUCUUCUGGCCAUAUCCUUCCAGGACGCCAGUGCACAGGGCAAACCAAACCUGUGCUACCUUCCCCCUCGUACGGGUCUCUGCCUCGCCUACUUCCCAUCGUUCUACUACGACAGCUCUUCCGGAACAUGCCGUUCGUUCGUCUACGGUGGAUGCCAGGGAAACGAAAACCGAUUCGUCUCGUACGAGGAAUGCAUCCGCGCCUGCGGUUGAAACUAUAUGUUUGAAGAGCCCCAGGAACCACUCCCGCCAUCAUACUCUAAAUGUCAUCUGCCCUUUGUCACGCGGAAGAAACCAUUUCACGUGUAAAUGACUCUUCUGUGCAGUAAGGCUGCCUUGCGACAUUUUCGCAUGGGCGUCAAUCGACCCGCUCCUUCUGUGGUUCAAAGCCUGAGCUUUUCUUGAUAAUGCGAUGGAUUUGGUCAAAGUACGUUACAGUUUCAGAAGACGCAUUCAUCGAGCGCAAUACGACAAACAGAUUGAGUAGAAGUUCGCUGUCACCUAAGUAAUAGAUUACAUAUGUCGGCAAGAACCCGGUGAAGUGCAAGGCUGCGUAUUUCAAUCAUUCAGUCAAUCAAUUAAUCAAUCAAUUUUAUUUACCAGAAAGAAAAGGAACUGGAGGGACACCUGGGCAAAAAGCUGUCGCAGCAGCUUGACGGAGGCCCAGGGUCCCUUACAUGGCAGUGGCACUCACAUUAUAUAUACACAGAAGGCUUUACACACAACAAACAUUACACAUCGCGCGUAUGCAUAAAAAAGGACAUUUUUCACUUGAAUGCAAUGUACUAAAGUGUCGCUAUAAAGAAAUAAAGUAAUCAUGCAAAUCA